AUGGACAGUUCUGAAGCAGGUCUAGAUAGAAUUGAGGCACAAAGAACAACAUAUGUGCCUCAUAACCAAUUAAGACAAAGAUCCUUCCCCAUGAAUCUAAUAAACAACAGCCUUCGCUCCCUCAGUUCACGAGGUUCCCUUGACGCCGGAGGAGAAUUCAUGACAACAGCUGUGGGAGACACAGAGCUUGUGCCGGAGUUCUUUACCAAUCUCAGACUGUCGGAUAUUUUCAACCUCCCUGGUGAAUAUGUGAUGAUGAAUGCUAAGCUGUUUGGCGCACUGAGUGAUGGGAUCCAAGAAUGGCUGGAAAUAUUGAGAAGCCAGGGAACGCCAAUGGAAUGUCUCAAGAGCCAUCGUGGAGAUUCUGUUCUUCACCUUGUCGCGACUUGGGGUCAUCUUGAAGGUGUGAAGACCAUUAUCUCCGAAUGCGCAUCUCUUCUAUUGGAGCCAAAUUGGAAUGGUCAGCUUCCACUUCAUGUGGCGGCUCAUGGCGGACAUUUAGCUAUUGUUGAGGCUCUUGUUGCCUUGAUAACAUUUGUUAUAGUUGAACUGUGUGUAGAAGAGAGGGAGAGACAGAGAAUGAAUCUAUAUUUUGUGAAGGAUAUAAAUGGAGAUACACCCCUAUAUUCGGCCUUGAAGGGACACAAUAUGGAAGUUGCUUUGUUUCUGGUUAAUGUGAACAGACAAGCUUCGUUUCUUGCGAAUAAAGAAGGAAUAUCUCCCUUGUAUUUGGCAGUAGAAUCCGGAAAUGUUUCCCUUGUGAAAGCAAUGUUAAGAAAUGAUGGUCCUCAAGGGAACAUGUCUACUUUAGAUUCACGGUUGGAAGGGAGAAAAUAUCUUGCCCACGCCGCUUUAGAGCUCAGGAGUACAGAGAUUCUUGAUGUCAUUCUUAGAGAAUGUCCAAGUCUUGAGGAUGAGCGAGAUGAAGAAGGAAGGACAUGCCUUUCGUUUGGAGCAUCCAUGGGGAACUAUGAAGGAGUAUGCUACCUUUUAGACCGGUCAACGUCAAGCGUCUUUGAAUGCAACGGUGAUGGAUCCUUUCCAAUCCACGUGGCAAUAGAGAAAGGUCAUAUCAAAAUUGUCAAAGAGAUCCUAAAACGUUGUCCAUAUUCAAAACAUAUGCUGAAUGAACAUGAUCAAAACGUCCUUCAUGUUGCGGCUAAUAGUGGGAAAUUCAAAAUUCUACAUCAUUUGAUGAAAUAUGAACAAACAAAGCAUCUGGCUAAUGAGCAAGAUGAGAAUGGGAAUACACCUCUGCAUCUAGCCACUAUAAAGUGGCGUCCUAAAGCCACAGACUUGCUUAAGGGGAGAAAAAACGUGUUCAUAAAGAACAAUACUGGCUUGACAGCUCUGGAUAUUGCGGAGUCAAAUCUGCAACCUCAAUACAUCUUUCGGGAGAGGUUGACAUUGGUGGUCUUAGCACUCGGUUACGUCCAAAGAGAUAGACUCAUGAAACUAACAAAACCGUCAGUGCAUAUGAUCCGUGAGGGAAACAAAGAGUACAUUAACGCUCUUCUACUAGUGGCAGCUCUUGUAGCAACAGUAACUUUUGCUGCGGGUUUUACAAUACCUGGUGGCUUUAACAGCUCUGCUCCAAACUUGGGCAUGCCGACUCUAGCAACUGAUUCCCGUCUCAUCAUUUUCCUGAUAUUUGACAUGGUGGCAAUGCAAUGCUCAGUUGUAGCAGUGGUUUCUCUUAUGUGGGCACAGUUAGGGGAUCCUGCUCUACGCAGCACAUCCUUAAAUGUGGCCUUAAAAUCACUGCAUUUUGCUCUCGAGUCGAUGGUGCUUGCAUUCCUUUUUGGCAUGGUUAUUGCAGCUGGGAAUAUUAACUGGCUUGUCGUCGUCAUUUACGUUGUCGCACCUAAGCCCUCAAGGACAAAAGCAAAGGCGCUCUAUAAAGUGGAGAUCGCUAAUGGAAGAAGAACAUCCUUCUGGUUUGACAACUGGUCCCCAAUGGGUCCGUUGCUUGACCUUGUGGGGCCUCGGUGGUUUAUCGAGAUGGGGAUCCCUAGACACAUGACGGUGGCUGAAGCUCUAUCAAGAUUUCGAACCAGGAACCAUAUAACAGAGACGCUAAGAGAGAUACAUAGGCUGCUCACAGAGUCUAGAAGUCGAACAUUGCAACAAACAGAGGAUAGAUCCAUUAAUCUCGCAGACCAUCAAUCCUAG